CCGAGCUUGUCGCGAGGCGAAGCGAGCUGGAUAGUGUAUUUCAAUCUAUCCUACGAGCCCGAGUAGCUGCAAGCUCGGAUCACGAGAGCAUUGCAGCCUCGCGGUGCUCGUCGGGGCAGUACGAAGCAGUACUGCAUGCUCUGGACGUGGCAAGCAGGAUCUUCUGCCAUGUCCUGACUGAGCAAGAGCUUGCGCUCCUACAGCAAGCUCUGAUGAACUGGGAGCCACCAGUAUUCGCUACUGAAAAUAUGAAGACGGAUUAUAUGAUUAACUACUUGAAUGCCAAUGGGUGGGCAGCGCCCGGCCUGGCAUUCAUAUCUAUGAGGUCGCACAGGCUACGAGUCGCAGUCCAGAACGCAGAGCCCCCGCUUGUCCUGACGUGUGCGUCCGACAUUGGCCUUGUGCCUUUUUUAUCUGCAGCGCACCUCUCAGCCUGAGUUGGUGGCGAAUGCCCUCAUUGAGGUCAAGGUGAACAGGCCUACAAGAAUGGAGCACCGCCAGGCUAUCUUGGAGCUGCUGGCAUUCAAUCUACUGAUGCACACGCCUCCACCGCCGUUCGUCCUGCUUACGGAUAUGGAAACGACGUUUGCCUUCUAUUACAUUAUGGCGCCUGGCAAGGUUGGCCUGAUGGAGAUGCCCGAUCAUGGCUCCGCGCUUGCCAUGUUCGCCGUAGCCCUUGACCCGCCAACUGGUCUGACUCAUUUGCCUCUGAUGCAGCGGGUAGGCUUGGAGGCUCCUGACAGGCGCAUGCAAGGGGGAGGCGGAGGGACUGUCGAUGAAGAGGACGUCGCCAACAUGUAUGAGUUCUAUGAUGAAUUGCCCAAAUCGCGUCAGCAGGAAUUGGACAUUCAGCAUGGUCUCGCAUCAUGUUUCAAUGUGAGACCAUCGCUUCACAAGGUGGAAUGUGGUUGAGGUGGUUUAGGUGACCCUUUGCGCUUAGUCUUUACGUUUAGUCUUUACAUUUGCUUUAGGACCUUAGUAAGUUAGUAU